AUGCCUAUCCGCACGGGCCUUUCAUAUGGCAAUCGGCCGAAACCCCUCUUGAGCAUGGUGGGCGGGAAACCGAGAGCUGCCUGCGACGGCAAGCCUUCUACCCGAGGCCCGGCGACCGACAUCGGCCUUCACUCCACUCCUGCUCAGUCACCGGAGAAGACGGACCGCAGCGCCAGCCCAGACGGUGACAGCGGAAGCACCGAGAAGAAGGCCGGCGAGCGCAGGGCACCAUCUCAGUUUCAGAGCUUUGGCGACUCGUCGGAUGAAGAUGACGAGGGGAUACCGCGCGGAAGCAUAGCGCCGACGAGCUUUGGCUCUGGCAAGAGGGCAGCUCCCCCCUCACCCGGGGUCACCAGACCCACCGAGGACGCGAAGGGAAAUGCCGAUGGCGCCAAACGGAGGAGGUUGGGCGCUGACGUGAAGGCAUCUCCGAGUCCCGGGGACCAGACGCCAAAGUCGUCGCAGCCAAAGAGCUCACAGCCGGAGAGUUCGCAGGAAUCGUCAUCGACACGGCCGCCUGCAAGCUCUGGAGAGCACAUGGUAGACUCUCUCGGCUUCACCAAGAAGUCGAGAGUCAAGGCAACAUUCGGGGCCAAGGGGACCAAGGGGACCAAGGGGACCAAAGGGUUGGCGAGGAAAUUCGGUCAGGUCGGGGCACCGCCUGAUCGAAAGAGCAAGCCGAAGCCCACAAAAGGUAAUACGCACACGUACGGCAUGCCUCCGCCCAGUAGCUUCAUCCCGCCGCCGUCGAGCGAUAUUGGCUCGCCGCCACCGCCUGAGGGCGAGAGAGCAGGAGGAUUCAAGUCACUUGCCGGGCUGUCAGACUCUUCGGCACCGGACAGUCCCAAGUCCAAGUUCGAGGCGAACACCGAGGCCGAUGACAGCGACCCAUCCACGCUGACUCCGCCUAGAAAGACCAAGCCUGCGAAGAAGAAGGCGACGGGCAAUCCGAUAUCGAGGGCCAGGAUAAGCGCCGACAACAGCGACGACGACGAGCAAUCAAAACGCCCACCGCCCGUCUUCAAGACCUUUGACGACGACGACGACGACGCCGUCAAUCUUCCUGUACGGAAGGCAGCCGGUAGUGAGUCGGAGACGGCCACGUCAGAUAUCUUGUCGGACCACGACGAGCCCGCCGCCGACGCCACCACCACCACCGCCACCACCGCCGCCGCCGCCACCACCGAUGCCACCACCUCCCCUAGAGCGGCGGUGUGUCCCUGGUGUGGCGAGGCGGUAGAUGCGCUGCUGCUGCAGGACUUCUCACGGGGCCAGAAGCGCCUCAACGUGCGGCAGCAGACUCGCUUCUGCCGCAGGCAUAAGAAUCAGAAGGCGGCCGACAUGUGGAGCGCGCGGUCGUACCCGUCCAUAGACUGGGAUGCGCUGAGCGACCGGAUCGCGGGGCACCACGACUUCUUGCUGAGCGUGAUCGACGGCUCCACCCCCUCGCACUACCGCGACGCGCUGGCGUCCAAGAUCGAGUCGGGUCAGGACAGGGCCCUCAAGAGGGAGGAGAAUCUCAACCCGGGUUACUACGGCCCCCGAGGGUUCAACCUCAUGUGCGACCGACUCGUCGAUCGUUUCAGCGACAUGCUCAAGCAGAGGGCCGUACACGACCGCGUCAUAUCCGGAAGGGGUUCGGCUGCCUUCAUCCAGUCCGUGUUGGUUGCCGAGUUGGGCGUCCAGCUGAUAAAGGAGGAUAUGGGUGUCUCCGCUGACGAGGCUACGAAGAUAUUGGAGGAGAGCAAGGGUAUUGGAGAGAUGAUUCACGAAGAAUAG